AUGAAAGUAAUAAUUUUGCUCAUCGCUCUACACUUGGUCCUAACUAAAGCACAAAUACCGGAGUCGAUGUGCUUAGCUCAAGCAAUGACCCAGUGCGAUUGCGAGAAUCUGCAACAGGCUCAUGUGGACGAUUUGGAAGUGAAAUGUAACCAAUGCGAUGGAUGUCCUGCAUUUGUUGAAAAAUGUAAGGCUGCGGACCUGACUAAUUUUCUGACGCUGUCUUGUGACGAGGAGGAAGACGAAGAUGAAUAA